CGCCCCGCGGUUGCGCUUCCGGCGUGCGACACGUCUCGCCCGCCAGGCUUGUCCCGCGCUCGGUGGGCCGUGGGGGGCCGGGCCCUGCGUUCCGCAACCCCGCUUGCUGCGUGGCUUACAGACUCCGCGCCGCGGCGCGAAGGCCCUGCCGACAUGAGCAGCAAGGAAGGAUCGGGAGGGUUCAGGAAGAGGAAGCACGACAACUUCCCCCAUAACCACAGAAGAGAGGGGAAGGAUGUGAAUUCGUCUUCACCCGUGAUGGUGGCCUUCAAAUCAUUUCAGCUGGAACUGGAUGCUCGGCACGACAAGUACGAGAGGCUGGUGAAACUGAGUCGGGAUCUAACUGUGGAGAGUAAGAGGACAAUCUUUCUGCUCCAUAGGAUUACGAGUACUCCUGAUAUGGAAGAAAUAUUGACAGAAUCAGAAAUUAAGUUGGAUGGUGUCAGACAGAAGAUAUUACAGGUAGCCCAGGAGCUAGCAGGAGAAGACAUGCAUCAGUUCCAUCGAGCCAUUACUACCGGACUACAGGAAUAUGUGGAGGCGGUCUCCUUUCAACACUUCAUCAAAACACGGUCUUUAAUCAGUAUGGAAGAAAUUAAUAAACAGUUGAUAUUUACAACAGAAGACAGUGGGAAAGAAAACAAGACUCCCUCCUCUGAUGCCCAGGAGAAGCAGCUUGUUACAUGGAGGCUGAAAGUCACGCCUGUCGAUUACCUGCUGGGAGUGGCAGAUUUAACAGGAGAAUUGAUGCGUAUGUGUAUUAACAGUGUGGGGAACGGGGACAUCGACACCCCCUUUGAAGUGAGCCAGUUUUUACGCCAGGUGUAUGAUGGGUUCUCAUUCAUUGGCAACACGGGGCCUUACGAGGUUUCCAAGAAGCUGUACACGUUGAAACAGAGUCUGGCCAAAGUAGAGAAUGCUUGUUAUGCCCUCAAAGUCCGGGGCUCAGAGAUUCCAAAACAUAUGCUGGCAGAUCGUGUUUUCAUUUAAAACAGAAAUGAUCGAUCAGGAAGAGGGCGGUCUCUUA